GACCUUUUUUCUAUUAGUGCUUAUGUUUAUGCUCAGAAGCCACAACUGGAUAUUCAUAGUUUUGAAGGCACAUUUACCAGGGAAGACAGUGACCCACCCAUUCAUGAAAGUCUCAGCAUAGAAAAUACAUUGUGGGCAAGCACUAUUGUUGCUUCAGGUACUGUAAUAGGUGUUGUCAUUUAUACUGGAAAAGAGACUCGAAGUGUAAUGAACACAUCCAAUCCCAAAAAUAAGGUUGGCUUGUUGGACCUUGAACUCAACCAGCUGACGAAGGCGCUAUUUUUGGCUUUAGUUGCUCUUUCAGUUGUUAUGGUAACAUUACAAGGAUUUGUAGGCCCAUGGUACCGCAAUCUUUUUCGAUUCCUUCUUCUCUUUUCCUACAUCAUUCCCAUAAGUUUGCGUGUGAACUUGGACAUGGGCAAAGCAGCAUACGGAUGGAUGAUUAUGAAAGAUGAAAAUAUUCCUGGCACUGUCGUUCGGACCAGCACUAUACCAGAGGAACUGGGCCGCCUGGUAUACUUAUUGACCGACAAAACAGGUACCGUUCAUAGUCUGUGUUUAACUUGAAAUGGAUCAAAUCACAUUCAGUCAAAAAUGUUAUGGCGUAUAGAUACGUGCUUGUGGGUAUGUGUAUGUGUGUGUGUU